AUAUCCGGAUGGUUCAUAACCUGUGUCGGCAUACUCUACUAGCCUAUCAUAACUCAUUCACUUGUGGCUGUCAAAUUGUCAAUUUAAAUUAUCACUGCACACUCAAGUGAAUGACGCUUCUUUAUGUUCCAAGUAUCUAUCAACCAAUUAUAGAAGACUCUUUCCCAACUACCUUGUUUCCGCAAUGAAUCUUGCGUUCCAAGCUGGCGCAUUAGUACAUGUAAUAGCGCGUGCUUCCGCUUUUCCCUUUCAGUAGAAAAGUACUAGGAAAACGGGAAAUAAACUAUUUUAUUCGAAGAGAAACAUCGAGUGGGGAGGAUCUAGUUGUGCUCGUUUUGGAAUAAUUCGAUUGGGAGAGUAUAAUCUGGGAGAGAGAGUGUCUACAACUGUGAAGAUAAUUACAUAUGUUUUGUAUGAGCGCUAGCCAAUAUCUAUUUUUCGCCACGGUUUGUUCUUUCCAAAGGAAUAAUGACGAACACUUGGAUACUAUUGACUCUCGCGGUGGCUACCUGUUUUAUGAGUGAAACGAUAUUGAUCUCGGCCCAGUCGGAUUACCUGUACCUGGAUGACCAAUCAGGAGACUCCGUAGACGACACACGGUUACAACUCUGGCUCCGGGUCCGGUGAUAUGAUUAUCGGUGAGGUCACUGAGCCAGUCAAAGUGAAAAGGGUGUUCGCCGCUCCUGAAGCAGAGCCAACCCAGGACUCUCUACCAGACCUUUCAACCACAAUGGAGAUGUUGACAUUCACUGACCUGGGCACAGAAAUGGCUGAGACAGAAACAGAGACCCAGGUCCCUGAGCAGUCUCUGGACGUGACAGAGGAGACUGUUAUCAGUAGUGAAGCUCCUCCCAGCACCACUGGGGCUUCCGGGUUGCUGUACGAGGCAGACGUACCCUACGAUGUACACUCCAAAACCUAUUCCAGAGAACGGACGGUGAUAGCUGGCGGGGUUAUAGGUUUGCUGUUCGCCAUCUUCCUCAUCCUCCUCCUGGUCUACAGGAUGAGGAAGAAGAAGAGGGGAGCUACGUCCUCGGGAACGCAAGGCCCCUAG